ACGUUCUUUGUUUUUAGGUUCUCUGUUUGAUAAUUGUAUAAUGGUAACUCCACUUUCUUUAUUUACAGCCAAUCAGCUGAUAAAACAUCAUUUAUUAAAAUUUAUUUACGCGGGUUGACAACAAAAAAAAAAAGAAGAUGGCAAGCGAAGAAUUGUUUCCUGCAGAAUUAUCCGAGGAAAUUAAAAACAAGAACUUUAAUGAAGAGGAGAAAACUGAGAUUUUGGAAAAGGAGGCAGAAGUUGAAAUAGCGGAUAAUGUUGAAGCUGUUGAAGCGGCUUCGGAAGAAAAAGUAAAUGGUGCUAGCGAAAAUGUCGCACCAGAGGCUCGCUUGUUCCAACUGCCGCUAUCGCGUAUAAGGAACUUAAUGAAGUUAGAUCCCGAUCUGAACAUUGCCUCAAAUGAAGCUGUCUUUGUGGUUGCACGUUCAACGGAACUGUUUAUAGAAUCGCUGGCACGUGAAGCUUUUUCAUAUACAACACAAUCUAAGAAAAAGACAGUACAGAAACGGGAUGUAGAUUUGGCCAUAUCGUCAGUGGAUAGUUUAAUGUUUCUGGAUGGCGCAAUGAAUUUUUAAUGCUAACUUUUUAUAUAUUAUAUUUAUAUUUGUAAUAAAUUAUAAGAAUACACAAUUAGCUGUGAAAA